GUGAUGACGAACAGCAGUCCAGACAUCAUAUACCGCAACAAGUACAAAAGAUGCAUCCAUCCCAUCUUCGCUUUCCAACCCACUUUCCUCCGCGCUGUCUGCCUUUCUGCUGCUUUGCCACUCUUCUCUUCUUCCUGCCACAAACACAAAGUAGCACACCAUGUCUGAGCAGCUCCAGCCCACCCAAGAACAGGCUAUGCAGGCCCGCCAAGAAUCCGUCAACGAACAACGCCGCGACGUUGCUCUUGGCCCCCUCCGGUCCCACCGUGUGCCCCUGCCUAAUGAGCUCGCCGAGUUGACACCCGAGGAGCAGCCUGGAGGCAAGCAUGAGAAGGGCGACAACACGCUUAGUAUCAACAUCGCUUUGGACUUGCUUGUUGAAGUGCAUUUGACGGCGCGAGUCAAGGGUGAUGUUACCAUCGGUCUUCUCUAAGCUCGACAUGAAACUUUUCCGGUGCUACUAGGCGGAGUGAGGCGAGGCGAGGCGCAGGUAUCAAGAAGUAAUGGGCGACGACGGUAGUCUUCGGGACUGCGUUUGUAUUCGUGUGUAAUGAUUAUCAUGCCCAUAGACCCCUCUAGACGGGAACCCUGUUUAUAGAUGUUUGACAGCAAUCCCUUUUAUGGAUAUUUAUUCUUGUUUUUGUGA